AUGCUUAGUCCAAUCAUAAUAAUGAACCGAAAUAUAUUUCAUCUUUAGAAGUCUUUUAUAAGAUCAAUAAAAACUCUAGUAUAUUAGAAAAUAACUUCUUUCAUUUCAAUAGUACAUUCUUAGCUAAGCAUUAAAGAGCAUAACACAACAACAAAAAAGAUAUACUAAAACUUCAUUCUUCAAUUGAAUAAUAUAAAUAUAUUAUACAACUAUAUUAAGCUGAAUUUAAAACCUGAUUUACAAGGAUGGCAAGAAUAUGUUCAAACUCCAUAUACUAAUUAAUUAAAACAAUUGAGUGAUUUGCUUAACAAUAGUAUUGAAUAACAUCAACCUAAAAUUAAUUCAAACCCCUUCAACAUUAAUUUUGCUAAGAAAUGCAUAACUCAACAAUCUCAAUCUCCAAAAUACAAGUAACACUAAAAAUUACCUUUUAAUGAAUAUCGAAAACAAAUGAAUAUCAAUAGAUAGGCAUCACCAUUUAUAAGGCAUAAUCAGUUUAACUUUAGUUAAGAUAGUAAAUAAGAAAUCCAUUCAAAGCAUUACUACAAUUAAAAUCAAAAAUAAAGUCUAGUUAUUCAAAGCCCUCAAAGGUCUUAAAGAAAGCAGAUUAGAAGAAAAUUACUGAUGAUAUCCAAAGAUUUUAAUAAUUCCUAAAUUUAUCAUAUUAUUUAGUUGAUUAAUAAGUGA